CUCUAUUGUGUGUGUUUUGUGCUUUGAAAUUGCGAUUUGACGUUGUGUGUAGCCUUCAAUUGUUUAUAUAAUUAUUUAACGCAUUUUUUCUUUCUUUUUUCCGUUUUUUUUUUUAAUUUUGAAAUAGACUGCAAAAUGGGUCGCCACAAGGCAGCAGAUCCAAACGCCGACCAAAGGUGUAUAAAGCAAGGACUGCCAUCAAUUAUCCGAGAACGAUAUCGCGAUGUUAUUAUCGCGAUCAUUUCUAUUCUGUCUAUCAAAGCAACGAAAAUUGCGUGCCUGGCAUCAUUACUCUUUCUUAUGAAAGUGAAUGAAGCUGUUGAUCACUUUGAUGAUGAAUUUUUUGUAUGGGAUGAUGGAUCCAGCAUGAUUAAACGUUGUUUUAAGGCAGUACUACGUGACAACAUCGGCAAAGUCUUUCUUAUGCUACCGGAUUUUCGGCAGUUGGUAGACGCUGCUAGAAUCGAUUGGCCCACCAAUGGUGGAUUUGGUAAUAGUUUCAAGUACUUGUAUGAACAAUACGAAGACAACGUUCGAACAAACUUGAAAACGCAUUGCGAAUCCCGUUUGAGAUUUUAACAACUUGUACGGCUCGCCCAAUGAAUUGCCAUAUUACGAUGAAACUGACAUCAAAAAUGCCGUUGACUACGCAUAUCAUCGGAAAGACAACACGAAUGACGAUGUUGAGCGACAGCUUCGAUUGGGCGAGUUGUUGGAUGAGCUACGUUGGUUAGGUGCACCAGAAGAUUGCAACAUUAAAGAAUAUGUCAGCGAAAAUUGGUUCCAUUCGAUUCGUAUGUGGAUACAUAUUCAACGUGAAAUCCAAUGGUAUCACAAUGAGUACAAAUGUCGUCGUGAUGCACCACAAAUUAAAAAUUUUGUCGUUGUACCAAUGUGCAGAUUCCAACGUCGUCACAUUCGCAUCGAUACCGACGCAUUGUACACCAUCCUAGCCAGUGUAAAAUUGGUGCCAUUGAAGUGCGGUUUGAAAAAACGCAAAGAUAAAACGACCAAUUCGAUCAACAUAACGAGCAACGAAUUCCGCAGAAAUAAAAUCUUAAGUUGGAAUCUGUUUUUCAAUGUGGAAAAAAUUCAACAACUGGUACAUUUCAAAAAGUAUUUCGAUUUCCAAAUUUGUUCGGACGGUGUGUCUGUUUCGAUGAUGUACAAAAAGCCAAAAUUACCACCAGUCGAAAUGAGUGAUGCUGAAAUCAUGAAAAUGUACAAAGGGAACAAAUUGAAGUAUGCUAUUGGCUGUGACCCGGGCAUGAAAACCUGGAACGCUUCAGUGCGUCGUGAUUUGGAUACCAAAGAAGAGGUGAAUUUGCGCAUAUCCAGCAAACGGUAUCACUGGGAUGCGAAACAAGGCCGACGUGAUGCAAAAGCCGAACGAAUCACCCGAUUAUUUACAUACGACGAGAAAGCUGAUCGCAAUCGAGUUGCAGCGACUCUGGGUACAAUGCCAUCGCCAAGAGAAACAUCAUGGCGCUCGUAUAUUGAACAUCGACUACGAGUUAUGAAUGAUGGCAUUGAAACGUACACGUGUAAGCAAUAUGCACGCUUGGGAUUGGACAAGCAUAUCGACUCGGUUCGUGCGAUCGACAAAACGGCUUGCAAACUGACACGCAAUCAACCAUCAAUUUUCUACAUGGGAGCCAGUGGAUCCACACCAGCCAACUCACCGAUCAAAAUCAAAAAACACGUGCGAUGCCCAGGCACUCGCAAACUGAUUGCAGCCAUCAUGAAACGUGGAAAUUGCAUCAUUCGAAUGGUCGAUGAAUACAUCACAUCACAGCAUUGCCCAUUGUGUUUCAAGCGAUUUCCACAAGAAACUCGACGUGAUCGAUACAAGAAAUGUGUGGGUUGUGUACCAAAUCCAAUUGUUGGACUACCACGAACCAUCGUAACCAAUGUGAGCAAACGAUUACUACAAAUGCGACGAACAAUUGAACGAAUGUGGCGCGAGAUGCGUGAUAUAGGCGAUGUCAUUGCUGCAACUCUUCGAGAUGGACCGAAUGCAGGUCGUUUGGUGUCAAAGAAGCAACGCUUCUUCAAAACAUGGCUACCAAAUGUUGCACACGUUGAAAUCGAGGGAGCUGCUGGAGCAAAACCAUCGCUCACAACUGUAUGGCAUCGUGAUAUCGCAGCAGCGAAGCUGAUCCUGUACAAAGAUAUGCAAUUAAUUGAAAUUGAUACAAAUUGAAAAAAAUUGCAAUGUCAUUCGGUGUAUGUUUUUCUUGUAUCAUUCGGUAGGUGAAUGCUUGGUGUUCAAGCGGACGGUUCAUCCGAACUUACGAAGACCUCGCCACAAUGCCAACAAUGUGCCACUACCGUUCUAUGGGAAUGGAAAUCAGCAGCCAUAGUAGCAGCCCUCAUUCAACAAUAUUCAAACAAUACUAAAUUUAGAAAUUAGUUUAUAACAAUUAUUUGUUAGUUCGCUAGGCUUGAUUAAAUUGUGGCCUUGCCAAAGUACGAGUACCUCUUGGUAUAAAUUGUACUCGGUAAGUGGAGUCUAUUGCAUAUACAAUAGCAUAAUGAUGAUUAUGAAUCAAGUCAAUUUUUUCAUAUCAGUUCAAUUGAAUUGUGCUUUCUUUUCUUUUUUUCUUUCCAUUGCAACGGUAAAAUUGACUGAAACUACACACGAAUGCUACCCCAAAUUCGACCGUAAACUUGGGCCUGGUAAUGGGUGAUUUGCGCUAACAAUUGUUCCUUGGGAAUGAAAACAAUAUCAAACAAUGUUGAUUAACAUGGUUGGUGUUUG